AUGGGUUACCGACCCAAUCAGUGCCUUAGGGCUGCUGCUGCCAUGCUGGGCGCCACUGCUGCCGCCACGCUGGGUGCCACUGCUGCCGCCACGCUGGCCGCCACUGCUGCCGCCCCGCUGGCUGCUGCGGCUGCUGCCGCCGCUGCGCCUGGGCUUCAGGCUUUCGUAGGUCGCGCGGCGGCUAUUGCGGCAGCGGUGGGGGCGGCUCCAGUACCUCCGAAGGCUGCUGCAGCUCUAGCUGCAGCUGCUUGUGUUGCUGCCCAUUAUGCUGCUGCUGAUGAUGAGUAUGAGGCAGAGGCAGCGGCGACGGCGGCGACGGAGGCACGUGCAACCAGUUCGCCCGCUGCCUGA